AUGCUGAUUACAGAUUUUCUCACAAACCACUACCUCAGCCCCGAAUGGGACCCAAUCAUCUUCAUUCCAUGGGGACAGUCCCACCGCAUAUUAUGCCAGCCAAUCGAGUGCAUUCGAGUCAUAUGCUUGACAUCAAAUGUUGAGAGCGGUCCAGAAGCUCCAAACCACUGGAACUUCUACAUAUCCACAUCUGAGGAGAACAAGACGGCGAUAAUGCUGGAAUGCUCGCCAGGGUUUGGGGAACAAACCACGAUCCUUGAGUCAGGGUGCAAAGCUGAAAUCCUCUUUGAGGAGAAGAUGACCUUGAGCCCAGAUGAUACACAGAUAGUCUUCACAUUGGGUGUGAGCAGUGGGCUUACAGUAGGGGAUCUCCACCAGCUGAUCAUUCGACACGGCCGUCACAAGUAUGAGUUCGACGAUAGCCUGUGUAAUGGCCGAGCCUGGGUCGCUGAUCAGGUCAAUCUGUUCAAUCGCCACGGAGUCUUCACUAAUCAGGAUGACGUUGCGCUGCUGGACUAUCAAAUCCGAAAAAGAUGGCCAGCACAGGUUCCCGCGCCACUCGAGAUGGAUAGAGGCGUCUACUAUGCAUGA